AUGGCCUCCCUUGCCGCCAUCGCCCUUCCCGCCCUUCCCCAGUUCGACGUCCCCUCACUCCCUCCCAUCGCCGACAAGGCUCUCAGGCUCUCCGCUACCACCCAUUCAAGUUAUCACCAGACUCCUCGCAAUGCGCAGUCUCUGGAUCUCGACUACCAGCUUCCUGAAGACUAUGAGAAGCUCGAGCAUAUCGGUGACAGUGUCCUGGGCACUCUCGUAACCCUCCUCUUGCAGGACCUCUAUCCCAAUCUUCCCGCCGGUUCAACAACCAUGCUCAAAGCCCACCUCGUGAAAAACGAGACUCUCGCCCAGAUCUCCGUCCGCCAGGAUCUUAUGAGCCAGCUGCGAGCCGCCCCGUCGGCCGUGUACACUGUCCGCGGACAGAUCAAGGCGCAGGCGUCCGUCUUUGAGGCGCACAUUGCCGCCGUUUUCUUCGACUUUCUCCGCAGCCCCACUCCUGGCGGGUACAUGGACGACAAACGCGCUCUUCCGUCCACCCAACUGCCCCCUCUCCCGGACAUGCGCCUGCGCACCAACGGCCAGGCGCUAGAUUACGUGGGGCACUUCUUCCGCCCCAUCUUUACCCCGAUCGCCGAGUUCGCCUACGCCUUCAUGGCUACGAAAGCCGAGGAGCUGCGCAACACGCAGCACGACGGGGGAGUUGACGAGCCCGACUUUGACGGCCUCACGAGCGGUGCCGCCGCGAGCCUCAACACCUUCUGCAUGCGCACGGUGGGCCGGAUACCAGAGUACAACUACAUACCGCUGGACGUGAAUGCGUGGGAGUGCGAGUGCGUCGUCGUCCUCAAAGGCGCGCGGUAUGUGACGACGGCGGUGCGCAGCAGCAAAAAGGCCGCGAUGGGCGUCGCCGCGUGGAAGAUAGGCAAGCUCCUCAACCUCGACUGGGCGGAGCGCGGAGCGCGUAAGCGCGUGCGGGAGGCCGUGGCGGAUCCUUGA